AUGCUGCCGUCGUCGUCCACGGGCACACCAAGUGCCGAGGCUAGUCGUGGCCCCAUUGAUGUUCUAGUCAGCGAAACGGCGCAGCGCAUAGCAGACGUCAUCGAUAGCUUCGAGCGUAAGUUUAACGAGCGCCACGGUGCCUGGCCGAUCUCAGCGGGAUGUUUCGAGUUCGGGCUGCAAGCGCAAACUUACAAUCUCGUGCUUGUGCCUGACGGCUGA